GUUUCAGUUAUUAUUCGUUAAGAGAGAGAGAGAGAGAGAGAGAGAGGUUGUCUUGUCACUAUCUUUUGCUAAAGAAACUUCCAAGAUUCACCAUGAAGACAAUUUCCGAGAGGGGUUUUCCACAAGAUGACUAUGACGACUUUGAUGAUACACCUGAAGAAAAUACUGAGAAGACUUGUCUACAUCCAUGUGUUUUUAGAGGAAAGUGUGUGAGCUGUGAGACGAUAGCAUUGAAGUACGUUCAUCAGGGUAUGUGGCUGUGGCUUAACAAAGAUGAAAUGGAUCGGAUUCGGAAGAUAGAGUCAGAGAAAUUGUUAGAAGAUAAGAAGAUGGUUUUGGUUCUUGAUCUAGAUCAAACUCUGAUUCAUUCAACAAGACAAGAAAAAUAUCUGAGAACCCCUCAAGAACUCUUGCAACAUGAGUUAAGGGAUAGCCUAUUCCGUCUGAAUCGACCUUGGGAAAAGAUGAUGCUCAAGUUGAGACCUUCCGUUCACACUUUUCUGAAAGAAGCAGGUACCAUGUUUGAGAUUUAUAUGUGCACAACAGGUACACGAAGUUAUGCGUUGAAAGCGACUGAGUUUCUUGACCCUGAGAAUGUUUACUUCAUUUCAUCAAGAAUCAUUGCACGUGAAGAUUUACUUGAAAUUAACGAAAAGAGUCUUGAUCUUGUGUUAAAGGAGGAACGCAUGGUUCUUAUUCUUGAUGAUACCGUGAGUGUGUGGAGUAACCAUGAAUCAAACUUGAUUCCUGUUAAGAAGUAUCGUUACUUUGAUUCAGAUCAUGAUUUGGGCGUUGUAUCUCUUUCUGCAUUGGGCACUGAUGAAGGCGAGACCACGGGUGCGCUCACCACCGUUCUUCAACAGCUUAAACUAAUACACAGACUGUUUUUCAACCCAAAAUUUGAAGGUGGUCUUCAGGAUAGAGAUGUUAGAGACAUACUUAAUCGCCUUAGGGUUCUCCAAGGGUGUACAUUAUCCUUCAAACAUAUUUUCCCUUCUGAUUUUAGGCCCGAAAAUUCGCGUCUCUGGCUGAUGGCAGAGGAGUUAGGGGCCAAAAUUUCUAUGGAUAAUUUGAUAAACCCCAUCACCCAUGUGGUCACUUGGUUUGCCACAGCGGAGGAGUUUGAGGAGGCAGAGAUGGAAGAAAUUAUUUUGGUCCAUCCAAAGUGGUUACGUGCAUGCUACAAAGCAUUAGAAAGGGUAUCUGAAAAAGAGUAUCUGAUUAAGCCGAAAGAUUAGAAGUUGGGAUGAUCUUUGUUCACUUCUAUUAACAGCACAGGUAUAAUUUCCAGGUUUUUUUUUUUUUUUAGUUAAAUGUUCUUUCCAGUUAGUGAGAGUUUUUUUUCCUAGACAAAGAAAUUCAGGGUUCUUUACUUUUAAUUGUUAGAGCUUGAUUUUAAGUAGUUAAUGCUACGUGAGGAAUUGAAUUCUUCCAUAAUUGUGAUGAGGAGACAUAGUUACAGUGGUUCAUCUCCUUAUUGAUUUCUACAAUUUCCUAUGUGAAUGUGACCUUGGAAAUUGAA